AUGCCGAAGGAGAGAGAUGCGAUGGAAGGAGACAUGGGGAAGGAAGAAGGCUGCAGCGGUAGUAGCAGCAGCAGCAGCAGCAGCAGCAGCGAUUUCUCUGCUCGCUCCAGGAAAAGGAAGGCGAAUGUGGCCGUGUUUUUGCAGGAUCCAGAUGAAGAAAUGGCCAAAACUGAGAAGACUGUGAAAAGCCAGUCGGACAAUCAGACUUGGGACAAUAAUGCAGUGUGUGAAAACCCCUGCACCCAGAUCCCCAUACCUGACAAAGAGGGGGAUGAGGAGAUCUCUCCUGGAUCCACACUGGCUAGAGUCAUGACACCUAGAGCCAUCCCGCUGCCAGUGCUGAACUGGGCCAAUAGAGAGGAGGUUUGGAAAGUCAUGUUAAGCAAAGAAAUGACCUACGUGAGGGACAAGCACUUUCUACUGCGUCACCCCCUUCUGCAGCCGAAAAUGCGAGCCAUUCUUCUGGACUGGCUGAUGGAGGUCUGUGAAGUGUAUAAACUUCACAGGGAGACAUUUUACUUGGCACAAGAUUUCUUUGACCGCUAUAUGGCAACACAAGAGAAUGUUGUGAAAACGCUCCUGCAGCUUAUUGGGAUUUCAUGUUUGUUUAUCGCUGCCAAACUUGAGGAAAUCUAUCCUCCAAAGCUGCACCAGUUUGCUUAUGUUACAGAUGGGGCUUGUUCAGGGAGUGACAUUCUUAACAUGGAAUUAGUCAUUAUGAAGGCUUUGAAGUGGCAUUUAAGUCCCCUGACUGUUGUGUCCUGGCUGAACGUAUACAUGCAAGUCGCAUACCUGAAUGACUUUUCUGAGGUGCUGUUGCCUCAGUACCCCCAGGAAAUCUUCGUACAGAUCGCAGAGCUGUUAGAUCUCUGUUCCCUGGAUUAUGACUCCUUGGAAUUCUCCUACGGUGUUCUUGCUGCUUCUGCCAUGUAUCAUUUCUCGUCAUCUGAAUUGAUGCAAAAGGUUUCAGGAUAUGAGUGGUGUGAUAUUGAGAAGUGUGUUAAGUGGAUGGUUCCGUUUGCCAUGGUGAUAAGGGAGACCGGAAGUUCCAAGCUGAAGUACUUCCGGGGGAUCCCUCUUGAAGAGACACACCAUGUUCAGACCCACAUAAACAGCCUGGAUUUGCUGGAGAAAGUCCAAGGAAAGAAAGCCUUGUUGUCUGAUCAAAAUAGGAUUUCUCCUCUGCCCACUGGGGUACUCACCCCUCCUCAGAGCAGCAAGAAGCAGAGCAACGAGCAGGAACCAAUGUAA